AUGGCCCAGAAUGGAGAGCCUGUCAUGCGCAGGAAGCUUGUUAUUAUCGGAGACGGAGCGUGCGGCAAAACCUCUCUCCUGAGCGUCUUCACCCUUGGUUACUUUCCUACACGUUACGUCCCGACCGUCUUUGAAAACUACGUCACCGACUGCAGAGUAGACGGCAAGUCCGUCCAGCUCGCAUUAUGGGAUACCGCAGGACAAGAAGACUACGAACGCUUACGGCCGCUCGCAUAUAGCAAAGCGCACGUCAUCCUAAUAGGCUUCAGCGUCGACUCGCCCGAUUCCCUGGAGAACGUCAAGCACAAGUGGGCCGAGGAGGCGCGGGAGCGCUGCCCCGGCGUGCCCAUCAUAUUAGUCGGACUCAAGAAAGAUCUGCGCGAGGACCCGCUCGCGCAGGAGGAGAUGCGCAAGAAGAGUCUCAAGUUCACCACCACCAAGGCUGGCUCCGACAUGAAGGAGGUCAUUGGCGCGCGCAAGUACCUCGAGUGCUCGUCGCUGACGGGCGACGGCGUCGACGACGUGUUCGAGGCAGCGACCCGCGCAGCGCUUCUUUCCACGGAUAAGAAAGAGAACGGCGGCUGCUGCGUCAUCAUGUGA